AUUCACUAAAACACACUUUUCACACUUACACAUUUACACAUACAUAAACUCAUACAUACACACACUGCACACGCAUUAAUUACAAGUCAUCCUCUGUGGUGACCAUAAAGACAAAAAAAAUACAAUAAAUGCACAAAAAGCCGAAAAAUAUUUUUUAAUUAAAACACAUUUGCGCUGAUUGGGCUGCAAUGCAUCUAAAUCUGGCAUGCGGGGCCAUACCCACACCCAGCCAAGGGCUGAAGAAGAAGCACAACGUUGUGGGUAUGCAUCCUGUGGUGAUAUCAGCCAAGCGCUACGAUGGCAUGCAGAGCAGAGCAAACCAGCGCGAGCAUCAGGAGCGCUUGCAGGCAGUGGAGGAGGAGCAGCGCUACAAGCAAUAUCUGAUUGAGGGCAACAAGGCGCUAAUGGAGCACAUGCCUAAUGUAAGCGCUGCUACCAAGGACGAUGAUGAGCUGCAGGCAAGUCGAGAUGCAGCGCUGGCCGCAAAGGUCAAGGAUCCGCGAACAACGCAUCUGCUGGAAGAGAAGCGCAAGGAGCGCAUCAUGCGCGCCAACAAUAUGUUGAUGAGCAUGAAGCCAGGACCGCGUGCGCUGCAGCAGGCGCUAUACGAGAGCGACGUUUACCAUCAGCGCAAGUAUUACGAAGGACUUACAGCAGAGAUAAAGACAACACAGCGCCAGCAUGACUUCAGAACCGAUCAGAUGUGCCCAGAGACUUUAAUACCGUUUGGCAACAUAACCGAGGAGCAAGUCAAGGCAGAAGAAGUGCAAAGAGCUGUGGAGCUGCGUGAUUUCUACUUAAAGGAUAUGGCUGAGCGCAAGGAUCGCAAAGCCCUAGAGAAGGAAGAGGAAAUAGCAGCGGCAAUUAUUGAUCGUGAGCACUGCAGGCUGCUGCAUGAGAAGGAGCAACGAGAGCUGAAUGCGCUUAAGGCUAAAAAACGCGAGUUCUGCCGGCUUGCAUAUAAGGAAGCUGUGCAGGAGAAAGCAGCAAGAGCUAAACACGAGCGCAUUAGCAAUGCCAUAGACGAUCGAAUUAUAUGCGUGGAUGUCACAGCGCGUCGAGAACUGGACAAGCGCUACAAUCAGCAGCUGAAGGACAUGCGUGCCAAGCAAAUAUGCGAGCGUGAGGCCAGAGCGUUGGCUGUUUGUUGUGCGCAGCGAGCGCAGCAAACCGGCGAGCUGAAGCAGCAACAGAGCAUUGUAGAUCGUCAUGAGGCUGAAACGGAAAUGGACGAAGCUAGACGGCAGUGCCAGAAGCAACAGCUUGCUAAGGAGCGGCAUGCCUAUGAGCUGGUGGAGCGCGAGCAGGCAGAGGCCAAGCAGCAGCUGGCCAAAGAGAUCAGGCGCUAUGAGUUUGCCACACGCCUGCGCAAUGCCAGCGUCAAUGAGGAGUUUACGAAUAGCGAGAAGCGUCGACAUAACAUAGAAGCUGCUGAGCUGCGUAACAUACUCUACGGGCAGCGCGAGCAGUUCCUGCAGCAGCGACAGGAUGAAAUGAUGCGCAUUACCGCCUGCCAGGAAGAUCCUUACUUGCAAGACGACGUGCGCUUCUUCGACAAGGCGGUGGAGAUAAUGCAAGACUCGCAGGAAAAGGGACGACCGCUGUAUCCCAUAGCCAAGGCAGUGGAGAUCUACAAGCGCGAGAAUCUAGUGGAUCUGCAGCCCGAGGGCAAGUCGGUGCAACGCAACCGAUUGCGCGACUAUUGCUGGCCAGGCUAUCAUACAAAAGCGGAUUUGGCCUAUCGCAAGUACGAGCAUCGCGAGAACUGUCGCGUUGAAAUGGAAAGAGAUCGCCAUACGAUAUUCAACAAUUGCAUUAAGAUAACCAAAAUGGCCGCCGAUGAGCAGCCGUACAAGCAAUGCGAGUCGAAUGGGCUCAUCAAAUGUUAUGAAACGAAUAAUGGUAACCUAAUACGCCAGUCUUCAAGCCACAUGAACCUGUUCAAGCCCAAGGUAGAAAAAAUAGCCAGGGAAUUUGCAUUAAGCAUUAAUAGCGGCGAUGGCUGCUCAGAGAUUAUGAUAGCCAAGAACGCUGCAAGCCAAGGCAGCUCAGCCAAGAAGUCUAAUAGCCAAGAUAGCAGCGCAGCCAAGCAGUCGCAUAGCCCAACAGCCAGCAGCAAGCCUGACUGCACGCUAUGUGUCAAUGCAGGCGCCAAAUGCGCUGGACGCUGCACAGCGGGUGCAGCUCAUCGGCUACGCAAGUCGCAGCCAGACUUGACUAAAUGCUGGACCGCCAGACCGCAGCCUGCUAAGCAAGCCACGCACACAAAUUAUGUGCAAACCACUAAAGUGCUAGAUGACUUCAAAAUCUCCAAGCCGCAAGCUUAAAUCUCUCAACUGUAUGUUGACCAAAUUUACGUUUUAAAUGCACUUGAAUCUUUUCUGUGCAAUUCCUCAAGUAAAAGUAGCAAUCAACGCAUACGUUAGACUUUA